AUGAAUGAAAAUAAGGAAACUGAUUCAAAAGAAAGUGAAGAAUAUGAAGAUGACUUUGAAAAGGAUCUGGAGUGGUUAAUUAAUGAAAAUGAAAAAAGUGAUGCCAGCAUAAUAGAGAUGGCUUGCGAGAAGGUAGAGAAUGUUAACCAAGAACUAAAAGACAAUGAAACAGAAAUUGAAUACACCGAACAGCUUUCUGAUCCUGACAAAUCUUUGAAAGAUGAGGUUUCACCAAGAAGAAAUAACUUCAUUUCUGUCCCAAGUAUUCAACCUUUGGAUCCUGUAUCAGAUUCCGAUAGUGAAAACUCUUUCCAGGAAUCCAAACUAGAAAGCCAUAAAGACCUGGAAGAAGAAGAGGAUGAGGAAGUAAGGAGAUAUAUUAUGGAGAAAAUUAUACAAGCUAACAAGCUUCUACAGAAUCAAGAACCUGUGAGCGAUAAAAGGGAGCGAAAACUUAAGUUCAAGGAUAAAUUAGUUGAUCUGGAAGUUCCUCCAUUAGAAGACACUGAUACUUACAAAAAUUAUUUUGAAAAUGAAAGCAAUAUAUCUGGAAAACUGUCACAGUUAUGUAUUUCCAAUGAAUUUAGAAAAGAAAAUGUGCUUCUGUCACUUACUGAUGGAAGCUGCGAAGAAAACAGGGAUAGGAGGAUACUGGUAGAGAGAGAUGGAAAGUUUGAACUUCUGAAUUUACAAGACAUUGAGAGUCAGGGGUUUUUGCCCCCCAUUAAUAAUACUAAUAGUACAGAAAGUGAACCCCAGCAGUUGUCACCCAGAUCUUCCAACUCAUCUGUCAAUGGUGUCAAGAAAGAGGAGCCUGCAGCAAAGAUUCACGCUAUCACACACUCAACAGGAGAGCCGCUGGUUUAUAUCCCUCAGCCACCAGCCAACUCCAAGACUCGUCCAAACUCUGCUGCCAAGUUUGAUAGAAAUAAAGGGAAUAGGAAAUCUAAUCGUAGAGCACAGUCUGCAAAUAUAUCUCCAGUGACCUCAACAUAUUUUCUUUCCCCUCGACAGAAAGAACUACAAAAACAGCUAGAACAAAAGAGAGAAAGGCUAAAGAGAGAGGAAGAACAACAGAAAAUAGAAGAAGAGAAAUUAAAAAAAAGAGAGAAUGACAUGGUAUUUAAAGCAUGGUUGCAAAAGAAAAGAGAACAAGUCCUAGAAAUGAGAAGAAUUCAGCAAGCAAAGCAAAUUGAAGAUAUGAACAGUAGACGGGAAAACAGAGAUCCACAACAAGCUUUUCGAUCAUGGCUUAAAAAAAAGCAUGAAGAACAGAUGAAAGAAAGAAAGGCAGAAGAACUAAGAAAGCAAGAGGAAUGCUUAUUCUUCCUUAUAGGAACAGAAGGCCGUGAAAGGGCCUUUAAACAAUGGCUGAGAAGGAAACGGAUAGAAAAAAUAGAAGAGCAACAAGCUGUUAAAGAGAGAGCUAGACAGCUCCGACUGGAAGCAAAGCGUUCUAAACAGUUACAGAACCACCUUUGUAUGUCAGAAGCCAAAUCUUUUCGUUUUACUGAUCAUUAUAACUGA